AAAGAAGAAAACCUCUCUUCCAAAACCCUCUGUCCUCUCAGUCUGCUCACAGGCAAGAAGACGACCUAAAAAACCCGGUUUUCUCCCCCCUAGAACCCGGUUCGGAGGCCGGACCGGCCGGACGGAGGCCAUCCAUGGUGAAAGACGAGCCGAAGAAAGCUAGAAAAGGAGGAGAAGAUGGAGAGAGGAAAGGAGCGAAAGGAGGAGCGAAGCUGACGCCUCCACCGGCCAUUUCUCCCCCCGAUCGCUCGUCUUUCUCGCAGCUCCUCGCCGGCGCAAUGGCCUCUCCGGCGCCUGCGCAGGCCGUGCACUCGCCGGUCGUCGGGAUGGACAUGAAGCAGACCCUUGUACUUACGAUCGCUGUCGACCCGGCUCGCUUCCCGAUGGUCGCCGGGCCCGGCUUCAUCUCCUCGCCGGGGUUUCAGGGACAAUUUGGGAUGUCCCAUCAAGAAGCCCUGGCAAGCGUCACAGCUCAGGCUGCUCAAGCUCAGGCACACAUGCAACUAGUUCAGGUUGGUUAUCCAUCUCCUUCAUCAGGAUUACCACAACAACAAAGACUCCUGCCAGUAAAAGAAGAAAACGUCUCGAUGCCAGAAAUGGAGCAGCACACUCUCACAGACCAGAAGCCACAAUCUGCUCCUACUUACCUGAAUACACGCUCAGGUGAUGGGUUCAACUGGAGGAAGUAUGGGCAGAAGCAGGUCAAGGGUAACGAUAGUUCUCGAAGCUAUUACAGGUGCACACAUGCCAAUUGUCCCGUGAAGAAGAAAGUUGAGCGUUGUUCUAAUGGACAUGUAACCGAGAUUAUUUACAAAGGUCAGCACAACCAUGAUCCACCUCAAAAGGUUAAAUGGCCAAAAGAGAGCGGAGGUCAAUCUGGUUCUGGUGGGCCCUCUGGAGGAAGUGAAAUAGGGGAUCUUCUAGGUGAAAAUCUCAGUGGCUCAAACCCGUCAACUCCUAGGAAAGAACAGAGUUCUGGCUAUGCAACACCUGAACAACCAUCACAUUGUACACCUGAUUGUGAAGGGGAUGCUAGCAUUAAGGUGGAUGAGGAUCAUGGUGAUGAACCAGAUCCAAAACGAAGGAUUAAGGAUAAUGCUUUAUCAGCAUGUUCAACACCUUCAUCCAAAACAGUGAAGGAACCUAAAGUUGUUGUUCAGGCAGCAAGUGAGCCGGGGAGCAUGGACGAUGGCUAUAGGUGGCGUAAGUAUGGGCAGAAAAUAGUGAAAGGAAACCCUAAUCCCAGGAGCUACUACAAAUGCACCUUCACGGGAUGUCCUGUUCGGAAACAUGUUGAGAAGGCUUCCGGCGACGCAAAAUCCCUUGUGAUAACAUAUGAGGGCAAACACAACCAUGGCCAGCCAACAUCUAGGAAUAGCUCUGAUCCACCAGGCACCGCCCUUCUUAUAGCUGCUGCUGCUGCUGCCGUGACUGCUGAUGGACAGUCCCCUGAUGGUUCAGCAGACCUAAAAAUCUCAACCCGGUGUGCGUGUGCGUCAGAUGCAGAUGGCAAACUUGCAGGUGAAAAGGUGCUAGAACUAGGAGGAGAGAAGGCAUUGGAAUCGGCUGAAACCCUUCUGAGCAUUGGAUUGAACUCAAAGCCUUCGGAGGUGAAUGCUGGAGCCAAGAGCCCAAAUGUCAUUCAAGGGCCUUUGUUCAAAGAAAACCAUACAGCAGUUUCUGUCUAAGAACUCUCUAAUAGAAAGGUUUGAUGAAUUUCACUGUAUCUUUACGUGUAUCCUUUUUCUUUCUCCUUUUUUUCUUUUUUAUUUUAACUUCUACUAUUGUAAGCAGUUUCUUUUAUCUGCUUUUGUAUAUUAUUUUAGCAUGUUUUUAGAUGAGGCUAAUACUAGUGUGCACAAUAUAGGAUUUCAAAGCUCCUGUCUCA